AUGAUAAAAACUCUAAUUUUACUCGUUACAACCAUAAACGUUAUUGAAAGUUCUUAUAAUUGUGCACAGGGAACUGGAACGUUUCAAAACGCUGAUGAUUACAGAUCUUAUUAUUCGUGUACAAAUUAUUGUGAUCGUCUUGAAUAUUGUUCACAAACAACGGAAUAUUAUUCAACUGUUGAUCGAACUUGUAGAAGUACUGGAUUAAAUUGGUCACCAGCACACGAUCUAACUGGAACUCAAGAAAUAAAACAAUAUGCUCAAUACAGACAUUUUCAACAAUCGAAUUUUUUUGUAAAUUGGUCAAGUGUAACAUCGGCUUAUCAAUUUUACUUUAUGGGUCGAUAUAUCAAUGAAACAUACGUUGUCGGAACUGAAACAAUUUUAUCAUUUAACACUAAAUGCGUUCUUGUAAGAGAUGUACAAUUAUCAGUACGAACAACAAGAUCAUUUUGUGCAACAAAUGUAGCAAAUCCCUAUUCCAUGAAAUGUAAAUUGCCUCCUGGCUAUGUUUUUUCUGGUUGUAUACGUUAUUAA